UCCGUCCAGCAGCAUCUCCAGAUCCUCGAUGACAGAGACAUAGCGCUCGGCAGCAAAAUGAGCAGGAAUUAGCUCAUCGACGGCGCGUUUCUCCCUCCGUGAUGUUCGAAGUGGAUAUUUAAGGCCCGAAGCUGCUCGGUCAUCUGUCACGGAUCGGCGCGGAGACCUGACUCGGUUUCUAUCAAUGAGAUAUGUGGAGAGCCGCUGCCGCUGGCUGGUAACGCACACACACGCAAGAUGAAGAAGCAGUUCAACCGGAUGAGACAGCUCGCCAACCAAACAGUCGGCAGGGCUGAGAAGACAGAAGUAUUGAGUGAUGACCUGCUGCAGGUGGAGAAACGUCUGGAGCUGGUCAAGCAGGUUUCCCACAGCACACACAAGAAGCUGACGGCCUGUCUGCAGGGCCAGCAGGGCGUGGAUGUGGACAAGAAGUCAGUCAGGUCGCCCUCGAAGAAACUUCCUCUCACAACACUUGCGCAGUGUAUGGUGGAGGGGGCAGUCGUGCUUGGAGACGAGUCCCUGCUGGGGAAGAUGCUGAAGCUCUGCGGCGACACGCAGGACAGCCUCGCUCAGGAGCUCGUCUUGUUCGAGCUCACCAUCGAGAGGGACGUGAUGGAGCCGCUGUACGACCUCGCAGAGGUGGAAAUCCCAAAUAUCCAGAAACAAAGGAAACAUUUAGCAAAACUGGUCCUGGACAUGGACUCCGCCCGCACGAGGUACUAUCAGUCGACCAAGUCGUCAGGACUGUCCAGCAACCUGCAGCCAACAGGAGCUAAGGCCGACCAUCUCAGGGAAGAGAUGGAGGAGGCAGCCAAUCGCAUGGAGAUCUGCAGAGAUCAGUUAUCAGCUGACAUGUACAGUUUCGUGGCCAAAGAAAUUGACUAUGCAAGCUACUUCCAGACGCUCAUAGAGGUCCAGGCAGAGUACCACAGGAAGUCGUUAGAGCUGCUCCAGAGUAUUCUGCCCCAGAUAAAAGCUCAUCAGGAAACGUGGGUGGAGAAACCCUGCUAUGGGAAACUGUUAGACGAGCACUUAGCGCUGAGCGGCAGAGACAUCGCCUUCCCCAUCGAAGCCUGCGUCACCAUGCUGCUGGAGUGUGGCAUGCAGGAGGAGGGUUUGUUCCGGAUCGCUCCGUCGGCCUCCAAGCUGAAAAAGCUGAAGGCGUCUCUGGACUGUGGCGUCUUGGAUGUCCAGGAGUAUUCUGCAGACCCUCACGCCAUCGCAGGUGCUCUGAAGUCGUACCUGCGUGAGCUCCCGGAGCCACUAAUGACCUUUGAGCUCUACAAUGACUGGAUCCAAGCCUCCAUCAUUCAAGAUCAAGAGAAGAGGCUGCAGGCUCUGCUCGGCGCGUGUGAGAAACUACCCCCAACCAACAACAGCAACUUCAAGUAUUUGAUCAAAUUCCUCUCCAAGCUGACUGAAUACCAGGAUGAGAACAAGAUGACGCCCGGAAACAUCGCCAUUGUCCUCGGACCCAACCUACUGUGGACGCACAAUGAAGGCAAUAUAACUGAGAUGAUGACCACAGUUUCCUUGCAGAUCGUCGGCAUAAUUGAGCCGAUCAUCCAGCAUGCCGACUGGUUUUUCCCAGGAGAAAUCGAGUUCAAUGUCACAGGCAACUACGGCAGCCCCGUCCACACCAACCACAACGCCAACUACAGCUCAAUGCCGUCUCCAGAUAUGGAUCAGAUCGAUCGCAAGCAGAACGACCAGAGCCGACGGCCGCUGAGCGUCGCCACGGACAACAUGAUGCUGGAGUUCUAUAAGAAGGAUGGCAUUAGGAAAAUACAAAGCAUGGGUGUCAGGGUGAUGGACACGUCUUGGGUGUCGCGCAGGGGCUCGUCAUCUUCGCGUAAAAGCUCCUCCACGCCCCCGAGCGUGCACCCCCCCACCCCGCCCGCUGACGCCCUCCCCCCCGAGCAGCCUGGGGAAUCCUAUGCCUACCCCUCCCCCACCCCCCCUCCCACUAGCAGCGACCGAGCCAGUCCAAGCAUCUUUAGCAACUUAACAGUCCAUUGUCGAAAGGCCCUGCAAUGGAUGAGCUCAGAUGAUGCAUCCUCCACCUGGUCGGAGUCCUGUUACGCCUAUCCCUCCCCUGAGGAGGAGAGACCCCCCCCCCCAUAUCCAUCUUCUUCUUCCUCCUCUUCCUCCUCCUCUUGCUCUUCCAACUCGCUCUCUCACCACCCUUUCUACGCCCGUGCACCUCCAAGUGUCCGUCCCAUCGCUCCCACCCCCGAAUCCGUGCCCCCUGGCCCCUCCCCUCCUCCACGCCUCUCUGCCUACAGCCCCCCCCCACUCCCCCCGUCCCUGUGCCCGUCUCCUCAGCAGCUUGACGUCAACUCUAACCCCAAACCCAACUCCCUGCACCUGGCCAAGCAGGCUUCCCUGUCCGACGCUCCGCAUGCGCCCCCACCCGAGACAAACGGUUCCACCCUCUAUAUUAAGCCCCCGCUCAUUCUGACCCGUCACGAUCUGUUCCUGGGCUCCCCCAAAACACCCAACACCCCUCUUUCCGCUCCCCCUCCGUGGGCAGCCUGUGCCUGUAGCUGGGAGAAAGGAGCCAAGCCGAAGAGCACCCUGAAGAACAAGGAGUUGUCUCCAGUGAUCGGCCAGAAGGGUUUCCAGGGAGUGGGGACCUCUAGUGGACAGACGCAGCACUCUGAACACAGCCCGCACAGUUUGAGGAGAGCAAAGAAAUUGGCCCCAAUCCCGCCUAAAGUCCCGUACUGUCCGAUGGGAGCCAUGUGCGACCAGUCCACGGGCCAGCCGUCUCCCGUCAGCCUGUCGCCCACCCCUCCCAGCACCCCCUCCCCUUACAGCUUCAGCUAUCCGCAGGGCUACGCCACCAUUGGCUCCCCGGGUCAGAUCCAGAUGGCAACCACUCCAUCUCUGUCGUCUCCGCCGUCGCUGGCCGGCACGCUCACCAAGCCCAGACCAACCCCUAAGCCGCCCAGGCAGAGACCCAGCCUGCCCCCCCCUCAGCCCCCCAGCACGCCCGGCACCAGCCCUCAGCCUCUGGAGCAUUCGUCAGGUCUCCUGGACGGUCUGUCUCCUGGGGAGAGCAUGUCCACGGAUUCACUCUGCAAUUUGGACAUCCCCAUCAUCAACAUGGAACUGGACAGUAUUUUUGACUUGACCCACAUCUCCCCCUUCAGGAACUCAGUGGCCCUUGGUGAGUCAAUCAACAGCAGGGCUGACUCCGAGGAGGAGUCCGAGAGCACCGUGUUAUGACACCACCACGAGUCCCUGUGGACCGCAGCCCGGACCCCGGCCCUAACCC